CGAUUUAACUUUGUGUCCCUGCCGACUGACGUUUUGGAGAUUGAGGUUAAAGAUAAAUUUUCCAAGAGCAGACCCAUCAUCAAACGCUUCCUGGGAAAGUUAGUUGUGCCCGUACAGAGGCUGCUGGAGAAACAUGCUAUCGGGGACCGUGUGGUGAGUUACACUUUAGGCCGACGGCUUCCAACAGAUCAUGUCAGCGGCCAGCUGCAGUUUCGUUUUGAGAUAACCUCGUCAAUGCAUCCAGAUGAUGAGGAGGUGUCCCCCAAUGCAAUGCCAGUCUUUGAUACGACACCUGAGCAGGAGCCCAAUGAGGACCUACCACCAGCUUCUGAUCUGCCUCUGGAGGAUGCAUUGAGUUUGGGACCUGACAUUCUGGAGCCGCCUAACGAAAGUCCUCCAGAGGUGGAGCCCCAAGAUGCUGUGCUGCUCACCUCUCUAGAUGAGCCCAGUAAGGAUACCCAACCAGAAGCAGAAGGAUCAGCUGAUGAGCUUGUAACAGCUCGAGCAGAGACACUAUUGAGCAAUGCCACUCAAGGAGAAACUGCAGAGCAAGACCCUGGAAAAACAGAGUCCGAGGAGAUGCAGGAGGAAACUGUGACUGAGACUCUUUUGGAGGUUCUGGAGAACCAUGAAGCUGAAGACACAGGUGGACCAACUGGAAUGGGACCUACUGGGGUGCAUGCAGAGGUUGAGAGAGGCACAAGCUCAGAGCAGUUGGAAGGAGAUGGGAAUGAGGAAGAACCCUGCUCGCCAAGGAUGCGGAGUGCCUUGAAGUGCAAGAGCCGACCCUGUUCGCUUCCGGUGUCCGAGUUAGAGACGGUCAUCGCCUCGGCCUGUGAUGAACCAGAGACACCACGUUCUCACUACAUCCGCAUUCAUCAUCUGCUGCACAGCUUGCCAUCAGCUCAGUGCCACAAUGACAGCCAAGAUGAAGACGAGGUACUUGACCCAGAAUCUUCUGAGGAAGUCACUCUGAAACCCCAAGAGGACAAAGAGGAAGAAGACGAGGUGUCAGAAGCCCAGUCUCCAUCCAUCGUGCCCGAGUGUCCUAGACCUUGUUGCAGGCGUACCCUACCACAUAGCCUCUCCAUCGAGCGCCUGUCCGAGCUCAACCAACUUUUGGAAGGUGAAAGACCCUCACCUUCCACCCUCCGACUGGAAAUCGAACACAUGGAAGUGGGUGGUGGAGGCGGAAGCAGAAGGGAACCUCGAGAGAGUGAGUGCGAACUGUGUGAUAACUCCUGCUACAGCACUUCCUGUUACAGCACGUCCUGUUACAGCACUUCCUGUUACAGUAACUCAGGUUAUGAGGGGCGUAACCACCUUUGCAGCCACACACGCCUCUCUUCAGUUGACAGCACCCGUCUGUCGGAGAGCACCGUUUUCUCCUCGCAGGAGGAAGAGGAGGAGGAGAACAGUGCUUUUGAGUCCAUCUCGGACUCAGUGCAGAGUCCAGAUAUAAGGGAGCCAGGAGACGGGUUGCUUCAUUGGAGGGAGUCAUCAUCGGAAGAAAGUGCCCAGAGAGAAGGGGAGGUGGAGAUCUCACCAGUACCUGGGCCUAGUGUAAGGUCAACAGGCAGUUGUCAUAUGCAAUGCCGUCAUCAUGCAAUCACUCAGCUUCCUGCUUUCCGGCCUGAUCCCCAUCAUCACCCAAGUGUUGAUGAACCAUUACCACCAAAAAGAAGAUUCAAACCAUUUGUAGCCAGCGCACUGAAAGCGUCAGAAGUGUCCCGAAGCAGAGGAGCGUCUCUGGUCAGCAGAGCUGGAAACGGUUUAGUAUCAGCUGUCAGGAGUCAGAACCAGCCCGAUUCAGUGCCUCUAGCUUACAAUGAUAAGAUUGUGACGUUCCUGCGUCAGCCGAACAUACUGGACCUGCUGCAGGAACGACAGCCGAGUCUCGCCAGGAAUCACACACUCAGGGAGAAAAUCCAUUACAUCAGAACUGAAGGUCCUCAGGGCGUUGAAAAGCUGUCCUGUGACGCCGACCUGGUCAUGCUGUUAAGUCUAUUUGAUGAGGAGAUCAUGUCGUAUAUCCCAUCUCACUCUUUCCACCCCGGCCUCAGCUUCUCUCCACGCUGCUCUCCCGGAUCCUCACCUCAGAGUUCACCGGGCUUGCAGAGGGCCAGAGCGCCUGCUCCAUACCGCAGAGACUUUGAGGCAAAACUUCGCAAUUUUUACAGGAAGCUGGAGGCUAAAGGUUACGGCCAGGGACCAGGAAAAAUCAAGCUCAUCAUCAGAAGGGAACAUCUACUGGAAGGCACCUUUAAUCAAGUAAUGGCCUACUCACGCAAAGAGCUCCAGAGAAACAAGCUCUACAUCACCUUUGUAGGAGAGGAAGGUUUGGAUUACAGCGGGCCAUCGCGGGAGUUCUUCUUCCUGUUGUCUCAGGAGCUGUUUAACCCCUACUACGGUCUGUUUGAGUACUCAGCCAAUGACACGUAUACGGUGCAGGUCAGCCCCAUGUCUGCAUUUGUAGAGAACCAUUUGGAAUGGUUCCGUUUCAGUGGCCGUAUUUUGGGUCUGGCUCUGAUCCACCAGUAUCUGUUGGAUGCUUUCUUCACUCGACCGUUCUACAAGGCCCUGCUCAGACUAGUGACAGAUCUGAGUGAUUUGGAAUACCUGGAUGAGGAGUUCCACCAGAGCUUACAGUGGAUGAAGGACAACGAUAUCACGGAUAUCCUGGAUCUGACGUUUACAGUCAACGAGGAGGUCUUUGGACAGGUCAUAGAGAGGGAACUGAAGUCGGGAGGCUCCAAUACCCAAGUGACGGAGAAGAACAAGAAGGAAUACAUCGAGCGCAUGGCUAGAUGGAGGGUGGAGAGGGGGGUUAUGCAGCAGACCGAAGCCCUUGUAAGAGGUUUCUAUGAGGUCAUAGACUCCCGUCUGGUUUCAGUGUUCGACGCUCGUGAGCUGGAGUUGGUCAUUGCUGGGACGGCUGAGAUCGAUUUGAACGACUGGAGAUCCAACACAGAAUAUAGAGGAGGUUACCACGAUGGGCACGUUGUGAUUCGUAGUUUCUGGGAUGCGGUGGAGUGCUUCAAUAAUGAGCAGAGGCUGCGCCUGCUGCAGUUCGUGACGGGAACGUCCAGUGUCCCCUACGAGGGUUUCGCAGCGCUCCGUGGGAGCAACGGCCUGCGGCGUUUCUGCAUUGAAAAGUGGGGGAAGAUUACCUCUCUACCAAGGGCGCACACAUGCUUCAACCGUCUGGAUCUGCCUCCCUAUCCGUCGUACCCUGUGCUGUAUGAGAAACUUCUCACCGCUGUGGAGGAGACCAGCAGCUUUGGUCUGGAGUGAAGAAGUGAGACUCGAUUGAGACUUGAUUUUUUUUAUUUUUUUUAUUAUUACUGCAAAAACGUUUUCAGUAACUCUUUCCACAAGAGACUUUUUAGAGAUAUUUUUUAAAUCUGAGAAUUUUGUUUAAAAUGACUUGAAAUAGCAUGUUUCUGCACUAAAACACAAGAUAUAUAGUACUUUGUGGGAGUGUGGUGUCCAACAUGUAUGCAAUAGGGAAAAAUUGCAUCUUACUCCAUGUUUGUCCUUGGCAUCAUUCUAUUGGUUAGUCAUCAGUACGUCUCCUUUCUGAUUGGUUGUUACCUUUUACAUGUGGUAAAGUGAGAUUUCCAAUGCCUGGCUAUGUUUGAAAUGGAAUACUAACAUAUUGCUUAAUACUGCACAGUAUAUACUGUACUUCAUACUGCCAGUAUUAUUAUUUAAGUUCUGUAGUAUGCAAAACAUAUGCAACAAAUAAACACUUUCAAGUGCAUUAUGCAGUGCAGUUGUCACAUGACCUCAUUACACUGCAUGUUUCAUAAUAAAGCAUGCAUCUCCCACUUUGCAUAUCAGCAAUAAAGAGUUAUUUUGCAUUUUUAAUGUGUGAAUGAUCCGAUAAAAGUCCAAGAUUGGUAUUGCAUCAAGUAGUCACACUGCAUUAUGACAUGCAGUACUCUAGAUAUGCACUGUGGUGAAUGUCAAACAUUAUCUAGGUAUUGUAUGCUUACAGAUAACAUCCAUAAUGCGCAUGUUAUGGAUCCUGCAUGUAUGAGUAGUAUGCUAGUACACUAUUCUGAACAUAGCCCCUGACCAAACCUUAAAGGAAUAGUUCACUCAAAAAUGAAAAUGUGCUGUUAAUUUACUCGCCCUCAGGCC